AUGUCAAGUGGUCUGACAGCACGACGCCUCAUUCUGCAGCAGAUAACUGCAGUGGCACAGCACAGCCCUUUUAGGUCUGUAUUGGCGACCAUGUUGGCUAACAGCACUACCACCAAUUCUGGGGCUAACGCUACCGCUAAUGGUCCUUUGAAUAAUUACGCUGGUGGCCAUGGUAAGAGCUCCUGGAUUUGUCGUUUUUUGGUCUGUCCUGAGAGGUGUCGUGGGACAUUUACACUGAUGACGGAGGAAGAAAUGGAAUACCUGCGGCUACGGCGCGAGGAGGACGGGGAUGAGGCACGAGUGAUCCUCGCCACGCGGCCAACGCGAAGCCUACUAAAAGGUCUGGGCGGAAGUGCUCUAAAUGUGUUGUUGUCAUUUUUUAUUUCGCCUCUCUUGGCACUUUCCGUUUCUCUCGAGGCUGUUCGCUUGGGGGGGCCGCGGCCUGUCGUUCUUGUCGUUGCCCCGAUUGUAGGGUUGACGUGGGGAACGGUUUUUUUCCUCAUUGCCUGGUAUGCCGCACUCCAGCAGCUGCUGCUCUCUGUGUUCUACCAGCUGCAGGCGCCUGUGAUGCUUCUUGGCCGCCCUGGCUGUUGCUGGGACGAGCUUGCCUGCCGCUACGGGUAUCCCUCCGGCGUGGUCGGGAGCGUCCAUCCGUCGCUUGCGAUGUACGCAACGCAGGAACGGCUACGGGAGCAGGCACAGAAACGUGAGUUCCGACGUCGGCGAAGCGCGAAACGCGAUGCCACGUACGAUGGCGUGAAGAGUAGGAAGAGCGGCGGGAGUGACAACGACUACUAUGCCAUCCUGGGCGUCGAACGCGAUGCCACGGCGCGGCAAGUUAAGGAGGCGUACAACCGCCUCGUGUUGGAGCUUCACCCGGAUAAAAACCCGAACAAAUCCGCCGCCUCACAGUUUGACGCGGUGACCACGGCGUAUCGCGUGCUUGGCAACGCUGAGAAGCGCCGCAAGUACGAUAUUGGCGGCACCAGUGUUGUGGAGGACAUUGGAGAAAAGAAACGAGACGCCGUGCGGGCGCUCUUUGGCGGGGAGGCGUUGUACACCAUUGUGGGCGAUGUGAAGACAGGCAGCUUCUCCCAGCGCGUCGUGGAUGGCCUUGACUGGACACCGGAUGAGCUUGCCGCGUGCCGACAACGCAUGCUGCAGCGCUGCCGUGACGAGCUUAUCACCUCCUACCUUCAGCCGCUUCAGAACCACAGCACGAAGGCUGACAACUGCAACGAUGGAGUCGGCCUUGCAGACGUCAAGAGGCGCGUGCAGGGGUUCCUCAACACUGGCCUCGCCAAGGAAGUGUUGUGCGCUGUGGGACAGGAAUAUAUUCGUGUCGUGCAGUACAGUGAGGCAACGAAUCCGUUGCAGCGACUUCAGCUUUUUCUGCAUGUCAUAGCCCCGCAUCGAGUUCAGCGACGACUAGACAAGUGGCGUGCCUUGAGCCGCAUUCGACAGCACACCUUCAAGGACUCCGCCGCUAUGGUGGACCUGGCGUGGUACACGUCGGUCGAGGAACUCGAGUCCACGGCACGGUGGGUGGCAACGGCCGUUCUUCUUGACACACGCCUGCCGUUGGAGGAGCGUCAACGCCGCCGUGACGCACUGCGCUUGAUUGCCGAGACAUUUAUCGUGUAUGGGCAGGCCUACAAGGGUGCCAACAGGCAAACGAUGGACACAUUGAUGAACUCGCUACAGGAAUACAAGCAGCAGCAGCAGCGAAGGGGGGAUAGUCAGUAA